AUGGGUCAACCAGACAACGCAUCAUCGAGCCCCACAACCCCGCCAUCGGGGGACAUUGCGCCCAUCCUUGUGAUUGGCGCUGGCCCCCACGCCCUCGCGUUGGUCCUCGCCCUUCUGGAAGAGGACGCGUCGUCGGAAUUCACAGAGCGCGACACGAUUCACAUGGGGUUCUGGAGACAAAAGCUGGGACGAAAAAAAAAUCAAAAGGGCCCCCGAAACCAGUCCAAGAACCUGCCAACGUCGUCGUCGUCGUCGUCGUCGUGCCUUCGUCGUCAAAUUCGCGUCCUCGACCCAUCGGGGACGUGGUGUUCGACGUGGAAUGGCAACUUUGCCACGUUUGGUAUUUCGCACCUCCGCAGCCCCGUGAAUGUCCACUUGGACCCGCUGCGACCGGAAGGGCUUCGCGACUACGCCACGUCGACGAAUCAGCUCAAGUCGCAGGUGAGCGAGCCACCACCGUCGAUCCGAUUCAGUCGGCGGAAUCGGGCGUUCACAACCAACACGUCCAUGUUCAGCGAGAACGAUAGACAGUUCCUCGGGUGUCCGUCGCGCGAGCUGUUUGCCGAGUUUCAAGAACAUCUUAUCCACCAGUACGGCAUCGCGUCGAUGGUCGAAAAGGCGGCGGCCGUGGCCAUCGAGCCGCUCGACACGUCGUCGUCCCCGCUGUUUAAGGUCACAUGCGCUGGUGGCAACGUUAUCGUCGCCAAGCACGUGGUCGUAGCCAUUGGAACCCAAAACAUCCCCCGCAUCCCCGCGUGGGCUACUCCCCUGUGGCAACAAACCCCGACCAACCUGAUUGUACACAGCAGCGACGCCGCGUUGCACGCUGUCGCAUAUGCCAAGCGCAUGCGACACAAACGCGUGCUGAUCGUGGGCGGGGGGCUCACGUCCGUGCAUUUGGCUCGCGAAGUGGUCUCAACGUGGGGGGCCAAACAUGUGACGCUGGUCACACGGAAGCCCACCUUGCUCGUGCAGCCGUACGACGUCCCCCUCGAGUGGAUUUCGCCCCUCCUCCGGGCCAAGAUGCUGGCCGACUUUUUUGACGAGGACACGCUGGAGCUAAAAGUGCAGCGCAUUCGUGACGCCAGGCGGGGCGGGUCGGUCACGCGGUCGGCCCUAGCGCAGUUGCAUGCGGUGGCCACGCCCCACAACUACCACCACCGAGGGAACACCGUGGUGACAAACGUGGAGCGGAUUGGUGCAUGCGACGACACCCAACUGCGCGUGACGUUGAGCGACGGGUCGAGCGCAGACGAGAUAGUGGUGGAUCACAUUAUUUUAGCCACAGGGUCCGACAUCGACGUGACCAAAGAACGACUCUUCGAUGGGAUGCGACACUUGGGGGCACCACCCGUCGGGGGCCUGCCUGCCCUGGACGACGAACUCAGAUGGGAGUCGGACCUGAACUUGUUUGUCAUGGGGGGGUAUGCGGCGCUACAGCUUGGUCCUACUGCUGGAAAUCUCAUGGGGGCUAGGUCUGGUGCCAACAAGCUAGCAGAGCUCAUCCUAGAGGGCGUAGCUACGAAGGCUGCAAAGACUCGACAUCACCACCUUCGAGCUCUAUGUGGCAAAGAAAACCUGUACGAUUUCCUCACGUAGAAAACAAUGCUAAUCAUAUAUAUAACUAUCUUACACAAGCACGAUGCAAGCCAGGGGUGGCGAUAAGAGUGUGUUUGUGUGUAUACUUUUAGUGGUGGACGUUGGUGCUAGCGUCUAAUUUGACCUUGGACUGGCCCUUCUUCUUGACUGGUUUCACCCCGGGGGGCUUUUUUGCCGUGUCCUCGCUAUUGCGCGCUGCAACUGGCGCAAUGAUGUUUUGAUUCCACGCGGAUUCGUCGACGAGGUCGUGGAGAUACGCUUGCAGCAUGUACUUGAGGUUGAACCCGAUGAGGUUGCUCCACGCUUCACCCACGUCAGGAGUUGCCUCGACGUCGAGCCAAUACAUAGCCACUUCCACGAAAGUCUGGGCAUAUGCUGCGAAAUGGUGCGGCUGGACCUUUGGAAUGGUCUUGUGCCGGUAGCCCAAGUUGCGACAUCGUUCGAUGACUUUAGUUUCUUCCAGGCCAGCGUCGUUGAGCAUGAACUUCAUGGCCUUGAUGAGCACUUCGAUGCGCUUUCGGAUGCCUGGAAAGAUGUCGUAGAACCCCGGAUCUCGCUGAAACAACCGGUGAAAGAACUCGUCGUAGAACAGCACGAUACCCUCCUUGUUGUACGGCCGCAUCUUGGGCGUCGACGCCUUGCAGAUGAGCUUCCAGGACCGGCCACAUUCCUGCACGUAGCUUUCCUGGUAGAUGGGACACAGCGGCAUGUUUGUUGGCAUGUAGUGGUGGUAAUGGUCCGAGGAAGCGAGCGGGCGGCGGUACUCGACGUUCCAUGACGUGUCGUCCGGAGUUACCUUGGACACAGCAGCCAUCAAAGCGUCGUCAUUCAUGCUAUGGGCUGAGCGACCCAUCAUGGACAUCAUCGUUUGCUUGAUCGACCGCGCCGACCUCUUCGACCCAUGCGCACCCAUGCCACGACUUUCGAAAUCAAUUGUUCCACACACUCGACUUUAUGGACCGAUUCAGGAGUCGCUUGUAUUGUUCGAUAAUAUUUUCUUUGACCG